AUGGCUUCCUUUUGUCGGGGCCUCUUUCAGCCCGGUCUUCAGCCACUACUUCGACCAGCACAGUCCUUUAGCGCCCCACGAUCUAUACUACUUCGCGACAUCUUGAAAGCAAGGCCUUCAGCACGAGCAUACGCUUCGAAAGCUAAAGUGCCACCACAAGCGCCGAAAUCGCAGCCAGCCAAGUCAAUACCCAAGGCGCAACCGGCAAAGCCUGCUGCUCCUCCGCCCACGAGCUAUGGUCUGCUACGGACGCUGGCCGCGAAAUCGAAACCAACUGUCCUCUACGAGGGACCGUCUCACUUCUGGUUCAGGACGGCUUGCUGGACAUCGGGCCUCACCCUGAUUGCGUGGGCUGCGCUGACAGGGCCCUCUUGGUGGGUGCCGCAUCUGGAGGGUUUCGCGGCAUGGAUUAACUGGGUGUACAACAUCUCCUACAUCCUCUUUGCGGGCAUGGGCUUCUUCCUGAUCCUCAAGACAAGGGGGAUAGUGUCCAUGAUCCGACUUCUUCCCCAGACCAGCACGCAGACAGUGCGCGCUGCGCCCGUCGGCGCCGCCACCACGGGUCUGCCAGCAACCACUGCCUCCACGCCCAAGCUCGAGGUGUCCGUCAACAACAGCCUGCCCUUCCUCAAGCCCAAGAAGAUCGUCACGGACCUCGACAAAGUCUCGCUCAAGACAAGAUUCUCCCUUCCCAAGGAGAUGGUCCCUGAGCUGAGCCGGCAAAACGCUCUCGAGGCCGAGGAGAAGGCCAAGGCCUUGAAAAAGUACGACAUGGAGCAUCUCUUCACCAUGCCGUUCCGUAAGAUUGGCCGUGGCUUCUCUGGUUUCUUCCGGGCCACGAGGUCGGCUUGGACGGACAUGGGCUACGCGGUGAUCAACGUGGACGGCAAGCAGUACAGGGUCAACGUCGAGAGGGGAUUUGCGCUGGAUGGCUUCAAGACACUCGAGAGGCUCGUGCCUAUCAAGAAGGAAGCGUAA